AUGAAGAGCAGGCUCUCUCUGGCAGUGGUUGCUGCCCUCAUGGCACUGCUGCUGUCCUCCUCUCAGGCCCAGGAGAUAGACACUCAGUGUAACACUACAGCGAAGGCCGACAUCGUGCUGCUGCUUGAUGGCUCCUGGAGCAUUGGCCAAAUCAAUUUCCAAACCAUCCGCAACUUCAUCGCUCACAUGGUCAGCGUGUUUAACAUCGGCCCAGACAGUGUCCAGAUUGGUCUGACUCAGUACAGCAAUAAACCAAAGACUGAAUGGAACCUUAACGCCCACCCCACCAAAGAAUCCCUGCUGCGUGCUGUUGCCGCCCUGCCAUAUAGAGGAGGAAACACGCUGACAGGAAUGGCUCUAAACUAUAUCCUCAAGAACAGCUUCAAACCCAAAGUAGGGUUGCGUCCAGACUCCCACAAAAUCGGCGUCCUGAUCACUGAUGGAAAGUCACAGGAUGAAGUCAUCUUAGCUUCACAGAACCUGAGAGACAGCGGCAUUGAGCUCUAUGCUAUCGGUGUAAAAAACGCUGAUGAGUAUGAGCUGAGGUCCAUCGCCUCUGACCCAGAUGACAUUCACAUGUACAACGUCUACGACUUCCAGUUCCUGGUGGACAUCACUGACGAACUCUCUGUCAACCUGUGUAACAGUGUUAAGGGCUCAGAGGCACCCACCAAUCUGGUGACCUCAGAGGUGACACAGAGCUCCUUUCGUGCCACCUGGACUCCACCCAAUGGCACCGUGGAGAAAUACGAUGUCACUUACAUGAUGACAGCUGGGGAACGCAUUGAGAAGCUGCAAGUCAAUGGAUCGGUGAGCACGGUAGUGCUAGAAAAUCUAAACCCUCUGACUGAGUACGUCAUCAGUGUUUACGCUGUGGUUGGCAAGCAGAGCAGCGAGCCUCUCAGGGGCACCGAGACCACCCGAGAUGGAUAGGUGCCAUUUGAGCUGGUGGAGGCGUCAUUCAGAAGGAAGUUUAACUCCUCUGCUUCAGCCGUAUGGUCCCAGUUCCCCCAAACCAGUCAGCCACUUAAAAAUACUCCAUCUGUGUUGGACUACGUGUUUCAUGUUGUGGCAUUUCAAAACACAUUUAUAAAUGUGACCACAUUACAACUCUUGUACUCUCUCUCUGUUGACCUGAGGAUCAAU